AUGGCGCAGCCGCCCGAGGUCAAGGGCCGGCUGUCGCGCGCGGUGGCGCAGCUCAAUACGCUGCUGGGCGCCGGCGGCGCGGCCAGCGGGCGCGGCGCGCUGAUCCAGGUCUGGAUGCCCAGCCAGCUCAACGACGGCAGCACCGUCCUUAGCGCCCAGGGCCUGCCUUUUGCUGUGGCGGGCGUGGGGGACCUGCUGGCGCUGUUCCGCUGCGUGUCGUGCCGCUACCGCUUCAGCACAGACACAAGCAAGCCGGCGCUGAUGGGCGCGAUCGGCCGCGUCUACGCGAGCUGCGAGCCCGAGAUGUGCAACGACGUCCAGAAAUACGACAAGCAGGUCUACCUGCGAGUCACCGAGGCGCAGCGCUGCCGCGUGCACAGCACGCUCGUCAUGCCGGUCUUCGACGCCGCCGACGCCUCGACCGGCGCGCAGCAGCCCGUGGCCGUGUUUGAGGUCGUGCAGAGCGGGCAGAGCGCGCUGUUCCCCGAAAUGCUCGAGUGGCUCAGCGCCUCGCUGCAGGCGCGCGUCGGCGGGGCCUGCGGUGUGGAUGCGGGGACACCCAAGUAG